AUGACGGUGGAUUUUCAAGAGCACUUUUGGAGCGACAAGCAAAAUGGAUUUGAUAUUCUCUAUCAGAAUCUAAAAUGCGGUUCCACGUCGGCUAAAGAGCUUGCCGAUUUUCUUCGAAUAAGAACGGGUAUUGAAGAAUACAACUUUAAUCUUCUGAUAAAGCUUUCUCGAAAAACAAGCAAUGCACAAUUUGGCACAUUUCAGCCAUUGUGGACGAUACUUAAAUCAUCAACUGAAAAGCUAUCAUCACUACAUAUGCAAACACUUCAACGGCUUAACCAGCUAAUAAAAGAGGUCACAAAGUACUGCGAAGAUCACCACAAAAAACAAAAGCAGAUCAAAACGGAGGAAAAUCCAACAAUUGAAGCGAUCAAUGAGCUAAAAGAAACAAUUGCCGCUUUGAACAAAGCAAAAGAGUUUUACUAUGCAAAAACGGUAGAAGUUGAGCGACUAAAACGUGAAAAUGCAUCUCAAAAGGACAUUGAAAAAGCAGAAAUUCGAGUCAAUAAAGCUUGUGGCGAAUACAAAACUCUCAUUGAAAAAUAUAGAAAAAACAAAGAUGAUUACGAGAAAAAGUUUCGCAUCUCCUGCAAGAACUUUCAAAAGUUGGAGGAGGAUCACCUCCGACAGAUGAAGGAGUACCUGGCCAGUUACUUUCAAAUUUUGGAAAGCGGUCACACGUUAAUCGGUCAAGUUCACAAGGAGUUUCAGAACAACUGCAAGGAAAUGACCUCCGAUCGACUACUGGAAAUGUUCAUCAAGUCUAAAGGAGUGGGCGCUGCCAAGCCAGCGGACAUUCAAUUUGAAGAAGCGAACCCGAGCAACUUUCAGCAACUGAACAACAUGCCUCAGCUCAGCGUUUCGACGAGCUCGCUCUCCAGCAAGCCAGCCAACUCCUCUGGCUACACAUCGGCGGUUGAUCUCUUCAACCUCGACCAACUGAUGACACCUCAGCCUGGCGGGCAUCAAAGCGCCCACGACUUUGCCAUCCCCAGCAUGGACUCGAGUGGAGGGGGUUCCUGA